GUAACAUAAGCUUUUACAGCAGUAACACAGUCCAUUCAUCGCUCUCGAUUCAACUUGAAGAAGUUGGCGUUGGGCAGUUAAUCCUUCAUCAAAUUCCACAAGGGUUUCGAUAUCAUCAAGAUUUCAGCCCAAUCGCGCCUCAUUUCGACAAAUUCGUUCGAUUCAUCAGCUGAGCUUUUAAGUUUUACGCUCGAUAGCAAUGGCGAUUCGGAGACCGUAGACUGUGAAACGGAGCCGCUGUUGAUUUUGUGCAAGAAUGGAGGCAGCAAAACAACGUGAUAUAGGGAUUGGAUUAGUCAAUGGGAAGGUUGGUUACAAAGUAAUUCAUGAUCCUAAUACAUCUUUGAAGAGAGCCUAUCUAUCCGACAAUGCGUUGAAUUCAACAAUCCCGUGCACAGUCUUCACAAAUGACUUUGAUUGCUAUAUUACUCAAUCCCAUUUUAAUACCAUAGAAAAUUCUAACACACUCACUAUUAUAUGCUUUGAUGAGGCAAACAAGUGUUUCCUAGCUCAGGAUCUACACUGCACUAUAGAUGAGUGGUUAGAAAAGAAACUUGUAGAAGAUAUUGAGAGGGGUAAGAGGGCAGCCUGUAGACACUACUGUAGAGAUGGUAGUCAUAUGCCUUGGUGGAGGAAAAUAAUGAAGGAGUUUAAAGAUGUCUUUGGCUCAGUCACUUCUGGCCUUGCAGCAAUUCACCGAGCCAAUGCGUUUCAUGGAAAUAUUCUGAAAGGUGUUUCGAUAAAAAUCAAACAAGACAAUACUCCAAUUGGCGUACUCUUCAACAUGACCCUUGAUCCAAAACAAGGGACGCCAAAAAAUAUCGAAGACCUACAGUAUAAAGACAUAAAUGAUCUGAAAAUCCUAAUGGAAAGAGCUCUUUGGUAUCCAUUUGACGUUUCUAAGUCUGAUCGCCCGCGGCGCAUUACGCAAGAGUGUUAUAGCUUAUGCUUAAUGCAAUUGGAGAAAAGGGUAUCAAUUGGGAAUACAAGGGCUCAGUCGCUGAAGGGAACUUGGGGUUUACAGUUGGCGAUUUUUUGGGAUGAGAUAGAACAGAUAGCAUUUAUGAAGAGGGUGUACCGUCUCGUAUAUCAUGAAUUGCCAAAAUAUUCUUGUUAUAAAAAAUUCGCUUACUACCAUUUUAAGAAUUAUGACUGGGCUACAAGCGUUAUGACGCAUGGAACGGAUAAGUUGAAAGCUGUCUUGCAAUUCGAUGGUCACAAGUCUUUCAACAGAGACUUCACUAAGAAGGAGGAGGAUAUUGUUGAAAGGAAUUACCCUAUAAAAUCCGAUAGGCAUGGGCUGGAUAAACUUAUAUUUAGGAGAUGCUGUAUUGAACAUAUGGAUUUAGACAAUGGUAGCAUUAUUGAAAACCAUCUUGAGCUUAUGAAGAUUUUGCCCGAAUUGUUGUUUGAGACCGUCAAAGUCUUCCAUCAUACACUCCAUUUAAACCGUUACAUGCCAAGUAUCGCAUCCCUAUUCAAAGACAUGGGAUGGGAUAAGUUGAAAGGGGGAAAUCAACAAAAGAAUUAGGAGCUUACCUUCUGUUAAUGACUCCCUCUGAAGUAUUUGCUGAGUAGCUUCUCUCUAAAGUCUAAAGCUCUCUUAACUCUUAACCGUUUCCCUUUACUUGUCGUUAUGGUUAUGAAAAUCGAGUGUGCAAGAUUAUGAAGAAUUAGGAGCUUACCUUCUGUCAAUGACUCCCUCUGAAGUAUUUGCUGAGUAGCUUUUCUCUAAA